GCUUCCGGUCGGAGCCGUUGAAUACAAAACGCGGCAAAAUCGAAAUUAGUUUUACAUCUGUAAACAAACGGUGGAGCAAUUUUAGCGCUUGUGUUUACAUUCUGCUUUUUCAGUGUUUAGUUAAACUCUUAUCCGAAAUGGACCCGACGGCCCGGUUCUUCGCCGCGCUCAAAAAGACGGCGGUGACUUUAGAGUCAGAAAGCGUGAAGCUCCGGCACGCUUUUGACAACCGCAACAACAACGACGAAGACGGCGACGCCGAGGCGCGCGCCCUGCGAGCGUUCCACGAAGUGAGCUGUGACGUCAGGGACCUGAAGGGGCAGAUCCAGGGUCAGAUUGCUCAGCAGAGAGCCCAGGACAACGAGCUGGACCGCUUCAUUAAAGUCGCUCGAGUGAUGGAGCAGAGGCUCGCCAAGGACAUCCAGGCGCUGAAGGGACACUGGGAGAAAUACGGCUACCAAGCUCCUCAAGACACCCGGAGGCCGACCAAGACUGAAGAUGAAGCAGCGGCUGAAAUGGAGACUGAAUCCACAAAUGAGGGUGUAAACCAGGAAGAGGACGGAGGCAGUCGCUCCUCCUCCUCGUCGCCUCGUCCCUCGCCGGGACCUCCUUCCCUCGCCGACCCACUGCGGACCCCUCAGCUCUCCGACUUCGGCCUCUCCGAGGUGGAGAUGAAGAGAGCUCUGGCAGGGGUGGAGUGGUGCUCCGAGGCCCCGCUCAUGCCCGAGCUGAGCCUCCGUCACCCCUCGCUCAGCACGCCCGCGCCGCCGCCCAUGCCCUUGACCCCCAAGCGUGCCCUGAGGAUGGACGACGACGAGCUGCAGGCGCCUCAGAUGUCUGACUUUGGCCUUUCCGAGCACACCAUGUGUCUGAACAACGACUUCACCAUGGACCUGUUAAGGAAGAACGUCGAAAAGCUCCAAAGACCACAUCUAGAGAUGCCGGUAGCACCAGUGAGCGCUCUGACGGAGGCUCGGCACACUAAAGUGCAAAACUUGGUGUCUCCGGAGCCGCCCGUGUUUCUCACCCCGGGGUUCAAGGUCAGCAGGACCGACGCUCCCCGCUCGCCCCCCGCCCGGAGCGGCAACUUGCCCGCCAGCCCAGAGGUCCCUGUGUUUGAGACCCCGUACAUGAACCCGAUGGCCGCCUCCAGAAAGAGCGCUCGUCAGCCGGAGCCCGUCGACGCGCGAGCCGACGGCGGCCCUCCGUCGCCUCGUAGCAAGCGGCGCUGGGAGUACGACGUGCCGGACGUCUCUAUCGCCGGCGCCGAGGACAAUCCGAUGCCGGCGAUGCCGAACCUGGAGUCCGCUUUGGGGAACUCGUUGCAAACUAGAAGUACCAAGCUGCUGAAGAAGUCUUUGGCCCGUACCGAGUCGACGGAGGAGUCCGCCGCGCAGGACUUCAGCCCGGGGACUCCUCGCCUCAGGGUGGACUACCAGGAGCCCAGCACCCCGGAGAUGCCCGACCUCAGCUCUGUCACUCAGGACAUCUGUAAACUUCUGACCCAGGCGCAGCUGAAGAGGCCUUGCACGGCGGUGGUGAAUCCAACCGUCAGGCCAAAAAAGGACCACGUUAGAGCUGCCAGGUUGUCUGAGGUGUCGGAGAGCGAGUUCCAGAGUCUACCCAGGUACCUGAAGCAGAUGACUCUGCCCAACCUCAACCAGGCCGUCCACCACAUCAACAAGUUCACAGAAGACGCUGCAGCAGGAGGGCAGACAGAGUUUCGGAUGGAGGACCUGAGGAGGAUUUGCUUCACCGGAACCAAGACCCCCGUCUACAUCCUGUGCCUGACGGAGCUGAGGAGGCUGGAGCACGCGGGCGGAGAGAGGAGCACCUCCGUGUACAAGCUGCGCUGAAGCUCUUUAGCUCACAGCUGUUCUGCCAACACAGCUGGUAAUAAUUUAAGCAGAUUGUACAUAGUUCUGAUGCACUGCGCUGGUCUGUAUAUGAUAGUGUUAAUAAAUAUAUGUUGUAUUAAAGUAUAUUCAAAUUUGUUCUCAAUAAAGUUUAACCGUACAAACUUUAA